AUGGGAACAGGGGACAGGCUACUGGAUAUCCCUUGUAAAGUAUGCGGAGACAGAAGUUCAGGAAAACAUUACGGCAUUUACAGUUGUGAUGGGUGUUCGGGAUUUUUCAAACGCAGUAUCCACCGUAACCGCGUCUACACCUGCAAGGCGACGGGAGACAUGAAAGGACGAUGUCCUGUCGACAAAACUCACCGCAACCAGUGUCGAGCUUGCAGGCUGAAUAAGUGCUUUCAAGCUAGCAUGAAUAAGGACGCCGUUCAACAUGAAAGAGGUCCCAGAAAACCAAAACUCCAACAAAACCCCUCCCCUCAGAUCCACCAUUCCCCGUCGCUUUCGCAUAACCUCCAACACAUACCUCCAGCGGGGGAGAGCAAAUUAUCAAGCGGGUCCGUUUCUUUCCACUUCAACCCAGGUUUGUUCACUCCCACCCACCAUCCUCUCAAAGCUUUGUCUUUACCUCCCCCGCCCGUUUCAAGUCCUUCAAGUCAUAUGGAUGCCCUACACCUACCAAUGUUUCACCACCCCACAUUGCCACCUCCACCUGGACUUCUGCAUAUUCUCAUGUCAGCAGAGAAAUGUCAG